UAAUUUAUUGGUCUUAGAUAAUUUUUUUCAUAGAAGGCUAGUUAAAGUUUAUUUUUUUACAUUAUUAUUGAAUAUAAUAUUAUAAAUAGGUACGUCCUUCAGACUCAGGAAUCAGGGGAUCACCUUGAAUACGUUGACGCAGCCUUGAAAGUGAUAUAAUAUGAAAUAUAAUUUGCCCAUAUUAUGCAUAUUAUAGAUGUUUACAUAAUGUGAUAAACUAGGAUCGACGGAAUAGAAGAAGUGUAAACAUUUCCAUAAUCAAAUCAUAAUGGCGUUGAUCGAGGGAUUUGGUGACGAAGUAAUACAGUUUUUUGCCAUUUUAUCAAUCGUCUUACUUAUUGUAUUACUAUGGAUGUCUACACAAGUUGCCGAAAUGCAGUUGUUCCGAGGUGCUGUUUUUAUAUUAGAACGACGUACUAGAAGGAGACACCACGACCAGAUAACCAGAACUAUUCCUCUAAAUCCUCCUCAACUACCCGUCACAGGUGAGCCAACAACAACUGAAACCGUAUCCUCCGAUUCCAAUCUUUUAGUAAACUCAACAGACGACAGUGAUAGCUCUGAAAACAAAAACGAGACUGCUACGGCCGACGUGUGUGAUGUGACAACUAAUGAUUUUUCAUCACAACCCAAUAACUCAAGUCAAAACAAUUGCGAUGACAUUUCAGAUUUAUCAGAGCCAUGCCAAGAUUCAAUAAGAAUACGUCUUAAGUAUUUAAAUGACAAUUGCCGCCUUGUUGAAGGCAGACCACAGGAGAAUAUUGGUGUAUUUAAAAGGAGACAUUUUAAUUCUGAGUUAUCGUCUAACAAAAUAGUUCGUUUGAUAUUUCAAGGAAAAGUAUUGCAUGAUGAUGAGGCGUCUUUAAUUAGUUGCGGCCUACACGAUAAUUGUGUAGUACAUUGUUUAAUACAUCAACCCAGACCUUCGCCAAAUGCUCAGCAGUCACCCGAUCUUGUUGACCAUGAUACCACUGAACUACAUCAGACCAACAUGGGACGCCAGGGUCAACGCCAAAAUGGGCCUGUCCGAGAAUGGAAUUUGGCCACUUUGUUAUCGGCACUAAUCACAAUUAUCAUAACGUUAUUAUGGUACGCUAGGCUGCAAUUCUAUACUCUUUUUUCAUACACUUCUACUGGUACCCUAGGUAUUUUGACUGCUAUAUUUUUAUUCACCGCUUUCCUAACAUAUUUGGUAGACAACGAGGAACAACAGCAACAAAGACAACCGGCUGUACAUUAAAAAGUUGUUGAUGAAAAAAACAGAUUAUUUUAAAAUUCAAUUAUUAUGUAUUUUUCAAUUAUAAUUUAAUCACGUCGAUAUUAUAAUCUUGUAUUGCUUACAUAGGACAUUUAUAAAAUAAAUUAUACCACAAAUAAAAGGUGUCUACAUUAUUAUUAUUA